GAAGUGAGGUCCACCCUAAAAUCCAUUUAAGGUUUUUAUAAGCAAAUCAACAAAGGAAGGAAGAAUCCUACCAAAAUCUGAGUCCGCUUUUCAAAGUUGUCUCCUUUAUGAACCCCACUUGAUCCCCUUCUCCUCCUACAAAAACACCUUCUUUUUUGCUUCUCAAAUCAACAAAUCUUGGGUCUUGCUCUGUUUCUCUCUUUUGAUUCGUAGAGGGUUUAUUGAAUUCGAUGUGUUUGAUUAUGGAAACGGACGAUCACGAAGCUGUCGUUUUAGCGCCGCCGUCGAAUUUCUCGAUGGUUGAAGAUGGAAUUUACCGAUCUGGAUUUCCUCGACCUGAGAAUUUCAGUUUCCUCAAAACCCUAAAUCUUCGUGCCAUCAUUUAUCUGUGUCCUGAACCAUACCCAGAGGAGAAUCUCCAGUUUCUUGAGGCUAACAACAUUAAGCUUUACCAAUUUGGAAUCGAAGGCAAAACGGAUCCUCCAACUCUUAUGCCAAAAGAUACAGUUUUGGAUGCUCUCAGAGUCUUAGUUGAUGUAAGAAACCAUCCAAUUCUCAUACAUUGCAAACGCGGAAAGCAUAGAACAGGUUGUCUAGUGGGAUGCUUAAGAAAGGUUCAGAGCUGGUGCUUAUCAUCGGUUCUCGAGGAAUACCAGAAGAACGCGGGUUUAAAGUGGAGACAAAGGGACUUGAAUUUUAUAGAGACAUUUGAUAUAGUGAGCUUGAGACAGUGUCUCUUGAGCAUCAUGUAUCAGUAUCACGGUUAUGGCUUCAAGAGGAGAAGGUUGGCAUAUGAAGACGAAAAUGUCCAGACACCAAAACCGCUGGCUGCUAAAGUUUAAAAAGAGAGCAACCAAGUGGGAUUUGUUUCGGGUUCUAAUUUGAGUUUCGAUUUAUCGGUGGCUGGAUGAUUCUUUAAGUGGGAUAAGUUUUAGUUUAUCCCAAAAUCCGUAACCAGAAGUUUUAUUUGGUUCUUUAGAAAUAGAAAUGUACAGGAAGGUUAUUCUUCAUUACAAACUGAUGCAGAAUAGGUCAUUUUAACUCGAAUGACCGACCAUUCAUGCUUAUGUUGCUUUAUUUUUUAUUUUAUUGUCAACUCCUAAAGUUGCUUUAUCUU